AUGAUCAAGAUGGCAUUGGAUUGCAGCCAGUACGGCCUUGCAAAGAAAUACGCGGACGAGAUGGUAGAAAACGGGCUGGGAUACAAUCUCGAAACCUUUGUUCUGUUUCUCAGCACACAAUCCAAGGCCGGAGACUGGGAUGCCGUUGCGAAAACGAUGCAGCGGAUGAAGGAAUUUAAUAUAAAGCUGACGGUUAAGGGCUUCAACACCCUUUUACACUCAUAUGCCCGUGCGGCCGAUUUGCCUUUGGUUGAGCGUUUCUUCGAAUCAAUGCUAUCCUUCGACAUAGUCCCAGACCGGUAUUCAUACAACAUCUUGAUUCAUGCCUCCUGCCGCGCCAAAGAUGAAGAAGCCAAGCAUCGAUGGUUCAAGCGUAUGAGAUUAGCCGGGCACCUCCCAGAUGCAGUUACCUUCAAUAUCCUAUUUCAUGAGCUUCGAAAAACCAAAGCUCAACCAUAUGUUCUCCGCCGUAUCUAUAACGCCGUCCUCGACAUAAACCCAGAUCUCGUCAACACCAUGACCAAAAUGAUGCUCCUUGACUCCAUGUUCAAAGACUCCCUCGCAUACGAGCGCCGAGCAAACCUCCGUCGUACGUCUCCACGGUUAGAUGACGACAUCUUUUUGCCAGAAAUAAAGGAAAUGGAGUCAGCAACUAACGCAGGCCGCCCAUAUAAUGCAAUCUGUAUCUUCACCGACAUAUUAGCCCAAGGCUUAAAACCCACAGAAUUCCUCACUGCUUCCGCCAUUCGUGCCGCUUUUCGACUUCCACCAUCCGAACACGAUAACGUCUCCCGCCUUCUAUAUAUUGCCCAUAAGCGCGGUGCCCGUAUCAAUGAUAUUGUACUAGGCAUACUGUCAUCAGACAGUUUUCAUUCCUCCUCGCCCUCCUCACCCUCCUCACCAGAACAAUUGAAUACCGUCUUGCAGCAACUCCAUACCUCCUACAGUUUCAUGAGCUCACAUUGUCUACCAAUCAGCCACUAUAUCUUUGUCAAGACAGCAUGGAAACUUGCGAUAUCCGGCGAUCCCCACGGCGCUAUAUUCCUAAUGAAUAAAAUUAGCACUUCGCACUGGGGCUCAAAGUGGAAUGUUGUAGGACUGACAACAUUACUGCAUGCAUACACCCUGAUCAAAGAUCUCAAGGGAAUGAAAUGGGUUGUGGAAACGAUGGAGGCACAGCAGGAAAUGCCCGAUAGGCUAUUCAUGCGAUAUCUCCGGCGAGCCAAAGAAGUUUCCGAAAGCCAAGAAGACGAAGCCUUCAUAUCGUGGCUCGUUGUGCGAUGUAUAAAGCUCCGGGAGGCGCUGAAGGAGCGCGAGGCAGACGACAAGGCACGAGAGAUUCUGCAGUUCUUUGAAGGACUGGAAGGGAAGCCGAAGAUCGUAUUGAAGAAGAAGGAUGCGCAGGGGGGAGGGCGUCGUCAAUACUAG